AUGCCGCCACCAUGGCUGCAUCCCGUGCAGGCAUCCACCAAAGAGAACAAUGACUCUCAGGCAACGCUAUGCCCCAGGCCUCCAUGGAUGAGCUCGCCGGGAUCUGGUAAUCCCGGCACCGAUCCCCAGAUCGACAGAAUCCCCGUGGAGCUGUGUCCACACGGCAACGGCAGUCAAGCCGUGGGAAUACUGCAGCCAUUCAAUGUCAUGACGCCCGAGAUCUCUGAGAAGCCGUCGGCCGCGUCGUCGGAGUCCGGAGAUUCGGUCCUUGAGCAGCCGCAGGAGACCGAGGGGCCUUGGUGGAUGAGCAUGGUGCACAACUUCACACCUUCAUGGUACUCCAUGACCAUGGCCACCGUCCAGUCGCUUUUCCUGGGCUGUUGUCCCAUGGGCUUGACCACCGUCAUCAACAUGUUCAUCUUCGUGUGCAUUGAAAAUGCCGGUUGGGGAAAGUGGGCUUCCGAUCUUGCCUGGGCUCUAUGGUGGAUUGACGUGGUGAUGGCGGUGGCUUGCUCUUGUGGACUGCCGUUUUUGCUUAUGCACGUGCACCAAGUAGACCUGCCGUCAAUGACGGCGGUAUGGCUGCUUCCUGCUGCGACUCCGAUUGUGACAGCAUCGAACGGAGCAACCGUGGCGUCCAUGCUGGCAAGCACGAACCCGCAGCAUGCCCUGUGGACCUUGAUGGUCAGCUACGUGCUGUGGGGUAUUGGUUUUCCUAUGGCCGUUGUAACCCUGGGCGUUUACUUCCACCGCUUGACAAUGCACAAAUUGCCACCGCGGGAAGUCAUAAUCACCGUUUUCAUGCCCGUUGGCCCGCUCGGUCAAGCCAGCUUUACCAUAAUGAACUUGGGUAAGAUGGCGUUAGACUUGUUUCCAGAGACCGGCUCUAUCCACCCGCUGGCAGGUGGCGUCUUUUACAUUGUCGGUUUUGGCACAGCGAUCAUCCUUUGGGGAUUCGGUCUUGUCUGGCUGGUCUUUGCCGUUGCCUCUGUGACUCGCUCCAGAUUCCCCUUCAACAUGGGGUGGUGGGGAUUCACCUUCCCAACUGGUGUUUAUGUCCUGGCAACGCUGCAAUUGGGAGUCGAGCUUCCGUCUGCUUUCUUCGACAUCCUUGGAACUGUCAUGGCGGUGAUUGUCGUCCUUAUCUGGUUCCUUGUCGCGGUCAUAACAUUGCAGAGAAACCUGAUCGGAGAGAUCAACUUUGCGCCUUGUUUCUUGAACUCCAGGCGAUUACGGCCGAAUAGAGAGGUAUCUGACAGAGUUUGA